GCUUUCACUACCAAAAAAUCCUCAUCAUGCCUACCCUCCGCGAAUUCGACGCCGCGUGCACGAUGGUGGAGGCCAUCUCUUGCGCACACACCGGGCUGGUAGCUCGCAUGCUCGAGGCCGGAGUAGAUCCGAACAUCCCGUCCGACGGGCGAGGAGGCAAGGCCCCCGUUUACCUGCUGGGGCUGUCCUGCUUUCUCGGCCGUCCGGAAAUGGUCCGCCUCCUGCUAAAGCACGGCGCCAGCGUGGACAAGUGCAUGCGGGGAGGGGAGACUCCGCUCCAGACCGCCAUCGGCGAAGGUGAACGUGGCAUCGUCGCACAGCUCGUGGACGCUGGUGCCGAUGUGAACUUGAAGACAGGAGGGUCGGGACGCACCGCUCUCCACAAAGCCGCCUGCCAAGGCGAUGUGCAGAUCAUACAGAAGGUCAUCGAAGGAGGAGCGAGGCUCGACGCCCUCGACGCCGAGGAGUACAUGCCGAUACACCUCGCCGCGGACGAGGGGAAUCUGCCCGCGCUCAAGGAGCUCGUCAGGGCCGGCUCUGAUCCGGAGUGGCUUAGUGGAGCCCUGCAGCCCCCGCUCGCAAACGCCUGCAUGAGCGGCCGCACGAAGUAAGUUUGGAGUACAUCGUUUUCGUUGCACAGAAAUUGCUAAGUUUUCGAUAGGGUACUUACUGGAAGUGUCACGUAACUCUCUGAAUUCAUUCUGUAGGGUACUGGAAGUGAUCUCAUCUGUAACAUUAUGUAGAGUAUAUGCCCGGAAAAUACCCGCGGCACACUUCCUAUGGGUACCCUACAGAACAUGCCGUUGACAAUAUACUUGAUGCAAUCAAAGCAAGGUUGCCCCGUGCGAGAGAUAACCUCAUUCCCCCGGUUGCAGUUUUAGACGUCCUCCUCCCCAAAACCAAAAACUUGACAAUCAUGUAACCGUUGCAACACAUUUGAACAUUUAAUAACACUUGCACAAAACACCUGGUAUGUGGUGUUGGCUGUUUGGGCGCUUUCACGUGAGGGUUGCGUGCUUGUUGGUGUGACUACUGCUGCUGUGCGCGUGGCACGGAACCGACUUGGAUCACCAACCCGCCAGAACGAAUUUCCUUCCACGAUCAACAGGCAGCAGUAGUGUGUGCCUGCCUCUCGCUUGACAGCCUCCGGAGCGACGUAGGUACGUGAACAACCAUAACCUAGCGAAGAGAUUGUACCGCGUUUGUAGGGAGAACGUGCAUGCCCAAUCGCUCACUCCCCAACUUUCUGCUUCCUGCGUCCAAUGGCUACAGAUCGUUCGACCUUCGGAAAGGUAGCUUUCCAGGGUGAUUUUGGUGCACAAUCACAUCGGCGGAAAUGCUGUUAUUUCCAAGCAGGGUAGUACCAUCAAAAUAUGCGUCGUGCGAGAAGUGUUUUCGUUUUAUGACACCAUGUCUACCACGUUGCCAUGGAGAGCGCAUUGUUCCCUCCAGUCCCGUGUUUUGAACGACUGUCGGGUUAUGGUGCGUGUCUCGCUCUCUCACUCCCGGUUAUUGUUGACGUCAUGUGGGGGGCCUAUCUGGUGGCGGUUCAAUAGUGCGGCCGCCCGGUAUUCGGCGGGCACAGACGGGAUGAGAAAGUAUUAAUGUGCUUCCAAAUAGUGCCGGUGAAUUUUCUGGGCACAUACCGGCACUAGGCACAGGAACCGCUACUGCUGUACCGCUUUUUUUUUUGUCGUUUUUGCGGGGCGAACCGAGUUUUCAGGGUCGCCAAGUACCUGC